CUAACAAGUUUCUAAUUUCUUUUCAGGAUUCUGUGUUUGGAGUGGGAAAYAAUGUCACGUGGCAGUGUUGGUGCAUUUAACGAAGCAGUAUGCAAGCUUGAGUGUUGAAAGGCUCUUCUGCAUCUUCACUUAUUGAUCCCGACAAUCAAACUGCUCAUGAGGUCAGGGAGCAACAACCAGUCCCAAAAGCAACCAUGUCCAUCUGCUGAGUGCCUUUAGCCUUUGGCACUGGUGUUAUGACCAGCCUGAAGCGCCCACCAAUGGAGUGCUCUGUCGGUGGUACAAUCCCUGCCACUAAUGAGUUUUACACUGACCACCUUCGAACAGUUAACGGAGGGGCUUUGCCAACCCGCACAGACAACUUUCAUGGUGGUGUGAGCACAGGAGUACCUAAAAUGGGUGUUCGGGCUCGGGUGGCUGACUGGCCCCCUAGAAAAGAAAUGCCAGGUGCUCUGUGGCAUUCACCUGCUGAGGUCAAAACUGGUGUACCCCCUUCUAAUAAAAGUCACAUUAAGUUAGGUUCUGUUUUGAGCCCUCAGGACUCAUCAAUGCUUCGUAACAUCCACAAUAGUCUAAAGCAUCGAACCCACGUCCAAGCUAACAAUUACUGCCCUGACACCCGGUACCUGUCCCCAGGAGACUACAGAGGUCCUGCACAUAAAAACCCACGGCAGAGACGCAUUCGUCAGCGCAGCAAUAGUGACAUGACUAUCAGUGAGAUGGAAGGCAGUGGAGACAGUGGAGAAGACUGGGGUCCAUCUGCAGCACCUAAGUGUUCCCCUCUUCAUCGUGAAUAUGGCAGCACUUCCUCAAUAGAUCAGCAUGGAAUAUCUGAAGAUGGCUUCUUUGAAAUGCUAAAGGGUUAUCAAGGAGACAAAGUUGACCAACGAAGCCCUGCUCCUGAGAAACUGGAGGACAUACUAAAUGUUGGGAUUAAUCAGGGCAUAAUGGAGCUACAGGAAGAUGUCAUAGAUGGUCAUCUUCUUAAACCUAGGGACAAGGACAAGCCUCCAAAGAGACGUACCAAAUCUGAAACAGGGGGUGAGUCUAUAUUCCGAAAACUUAGGAAUGUACGAGGUGAGCUGGACUCCCCUAGAACUGGGUCCGAUGUAGAAGACAGUCGGGCAGAGGAUAUAUGCCCCCCUUCAAAACCAUGGGUUUGUCAAAAAGGUUUCGCACACUUUGAUGUUCAGAGCAUUCUUUUUGAUCUCAACAAAAUUAUUCAGCUGCGACAGACUGCAGGCAAAAGGAAAAACACCACGACCGGGGCGUCGGCCGCCGCUGUAGCUUCAGCUACCUCCACUCUGUCAUCCACCCACAGUCUGCCGUACAGCUCCCCCAGUGGCAGCCAAGAGGAGCUCAGUUCAAGAGACAGCCCAGGCUUGGAUGCAGGAGAUGAACAGAGCAACGAAAUGCUUCUAAGUUGUCCCUGUUUCCGUAAUGAGAUUGGUGCUGAUGGGAUUGUGAGACGCAGGCUGGGAGCAGGCGGUGCAGGGUAUCAUGGACUUGUGGGUGGAGGAGCAGGGAGCAGUGGCUCGGGGACCAUGUCUGGGGAAGUUAACUUGUAUGAAACAUCUUUAAGCACGCACUGCACCAAUGCUGGAGUAGCUGUUCUCGAGGGACCGAAGGAGGGACCUAGCACACUCAGCGAAAAGGGCAAACAAUACAUUGUGGAGCACGUGGACCUGGGAGCCAACUACUAUAGAAAGUUCUUCUACCUUAGAGAGCACUGGAACUACUUUGGAGUAGAUGAAGCACUGGGUCCAGCUGCAGUGAGCCUGCGCAGAGAGAAGCUGGAGGACGAUAAGGAGCACGGCUCACAGUAUAACUACCGCCUCAUCUUCAGAACCAGUGAGCUGACAACACUUCGAGGAUCUAUACUAGAGGAUGCAGUGCCCUCGACCUCUAAGCAUGGCACCACCCGAGGGCUGCCCGUCAAAGAUGUACUGGAGUACCUUCUACCAGAAUUAGAUCUGUCUUGCCUCAGGCUGGCCCUCAACACUCCCAAAGUAACCGAGCAGCUGAUGAAACUGGAUGAACAAGGGCUGAGUUUUCAGGUGAAGGUGGGCGUGAUGUACUGCAGAGCGGGGCAAAGCACAGAGGAGGAAAUGUACAACAACGAGACGGCCGGCCCCGCCCUGGAGGAGUUCCUCCACCUGCUGGGGGAGAAGGUCCGCCUCAAGGGUUUCACCAAGUACAGAGCUCAACUGGACACCAAAACGGAUUCCACGGGCACUCACUCCCUGUACACUUCCUACAAGGACUAUGAAAUCAUGUUUCAUGUCUCGACAAUGCUGCCUUACACGCCCAACAACAAGCAACAGUUGCUGAGGAAGCGCCACAUUGGGAACGACAUUGUGACCAUUGUAUUCCAGGAACCAGGAGCACACCCCUUCACACCCAGGACCAUUCGCUCUCACUUUCAGCACGUUUUCAUCAUUGUACGAGUGCACAACCCCUGUUCUGACAGCACAUGCUACAGUGUGGCCGUCACUCGUUCCCAGGACGUCCCCUCCUUCGGCCCACCAAUCCCCAAAGGCGUAACCUUCCCGAAGUCAUCCGUCUUCCGGGACUUCCUGUUGGCCAAAGUCAUCAACGCCGAGAACGCCGCCCACAAGUCGGAAAAGUUUGGCGCCAUGGCAACACGCACACGACAGGAGUACUUGCGGGACUUAGCCGAACGUCACGUGACCAGCACGCCCGUGGAGUCGGCGGGGAAGUUCCCUUUCAUCUCUCUGGCUCACAAGAGGAGAGAGAAGAUGCGUCCGUACAGCGGGGCGGAGCUGCGGAGUCUGGGCGCCAUAACCUGGCAGGUUCACGCUGAAGACCAGGUGGCAGGGGCGGAACGCGAGUGCCUGCUGGCCAUUUCUAAUGACUUCAUCAUCCUGCUGGAUCAAGAGGCCAAAGCAGUUGUGUUUAACUGUGCCACGCGUGAUGUGAUUGGCUGGUCGACGGGAAGUCCCGCCUCCAUGAAGGUCUACUAUGAGCGUGGGGAGAGCGUGUCGCUUCGCUCCAUCAAUAACAAUACAGAAGACUUUGGCGAGGUUGUGAAGAGACUGGAGCUGUUGACCAAAGGUAGUCAAACCACAGAGAUGACGUUGCGUCGUAAUGCCUUGGGACAGCUGGGCUUUCAUGUGAACUUUGAGGGCAUUGUAGCUGAAGUGGAGCCCUAUGGUUAUGCCUGGCAGGCCGGGCUGAGGCAAGGCAGYCGUCUGGUGGAGAUCUGCAAAGUGUCAGUGGCCUCGCUGUCUCACGAGCAGAUGAUUGACCUGCUUAGGACCUCCGUCACCGUCAAAGUCGUCAUCAUUCCUCCCCAUGAAGACUCCACCCCACGCAGAGGCUGCUCAGAAAUCUACCACAUGCCACUUGUAGACUACAAAAACCACAAAGAGGGCAUGCCCUAUGAGUUAAAGUUUCCCUUCCGGCCGACAAACAACAACAACAAAUGGCCGCGCUCCUCAUCCAGUCCUCAGACCCGAGCGGCCGGAACGGGAGGAACCUUAAUCAAGGCGCCGCCGUCAGACUUCAGCGACCGCAACUCUGCUGCCAUUCCCCGCAGCGUGUCGAGUGACGGUCGGCCACUCAACCCAAAAAGAUAUUCCCCAGGGAACGACAACUAUGCGCUCGCCUGUUCCAUUGUGAUGGGCCGCACACUGCACAACACAAACUCACCCUCCGGCCUCGCCUACACGGAGACGAGCUCCGGCCACUGGAGGCAGAAGGCUGCACCUGAUGGGUUUAAUAACAACGGCCAGUCGCCGGUCACGUCUGUGCAGCAGGCAGCUGRUGAGGUGGUGAAUGGGAUGAAGGUGGGUUCUGGUGUAGGAUGGUCUCGAAGUGGGGAGGGAGACUCCACCAGUAGAGCAGGGGACAAAACCAGCUCAGAUGCUGCUGUUUCCAAAGCGGUGAUUCCCCGCCUCCAGCCAGCCGAUCCGAACAGCCGCCUCUCUCCUAACAAGAAGGCGGAUGCUCCGUAUUCCUCCAGCCAGUCGAGCAGCAACACUCUGUCCAGCAACGCCUCCAGUUCUGCGCACAGCGACGAAAAGUGGUACGAGGUCGGCUCCCGUUCAGGAGCACGGAGCGACCUGGAGCUCAACGGCUACCUCCAGGGCACCUCUACCGACAGCGGCAUCGACGCCACCUCCUUCACCGCCACGCAGAGCAGCACAGCGUCCUCCACUGGUGCUUUCAGAUCCAAGGAAAAAAUUGCGUGGCAGGAGGACCUAGCAUGCAGCCAGAGAGCCACUAGUGCAUCACCUCCAACAUCAGACUCCCUUGGCGUGGCGGGGGGCUGUGAGACUGCGACAAAGAGUCCAUCUGCUUCUGCAUCAGCUCCUGAAACUGGCUCCUACAGCCUGAGUGACUCCAGUACGAUCAGCUUUGGUCACUCUGGCAGUCCGAUGGGACAGAGCUGCGGCGCCGUAUCGCCACAGAACGAAACAGCCGCUACGAACAUCUCGCCCACAUCCUUGUCUCCUGGGAACAAAAGCUUCUAUCCGCGUCAAGGAGCAACCUCCAAGUACCUUAUUGGCUGGAAGAAGCCCGGGGGAUCUGUCAACUCUGUGGACUUCACCAGCACUCGCAAAAGGCACCAGAGUGAUGGCCUGCUGGGUGGACAGCCUCAGCUCAGAGCCAAUCUUCGCGGUUCCCAGUCGCCGCAGCGCCAGACUGCCAAAUCCAGCCUGGAAGAAGAGCUGAAGAAGCUCAUCACACUUGACAGCCCACCACCUACAACAAAUGAAGAGAAGCCACUGUUUCCGGGCCCGCCACCAAGUCGUCGCUCCCUCCAGAGGACGCUGUCGGACGAGAGUAUCUACAGCGGGCAGAGGGAGUCAUCCACCGGUGGGCAGCGUGACUCAUCCGGCGACCUUCUGUUCACCUGCUCAACCAUACCCCGCUCACCCRUCACUCGGCAUGGGCCGAAACGCCGUGCCUCACACAAAUCCCUCGGAGACCUGUCAGCUCCAGAGAUCUCAGAGCGGGAGAACGAGAAGAACCAGCAGGACCCUGCCCUCAUGCCCCUGCCUGACACUGGAGCUGAUGGCCCACUUGAUUGGGCCCACUUGGUGGAUGCUGCCAAGGCGUUUGAGGAGCAGAGACUGGUUUUCCUAGCCGCCCAGGAGGAAAACGCCACAGCUGAGGACGCAGCAGCUUCCAGCCCCCAACAAGCCGAACCKCAGGCGGCUCCACAGAGACAGCCCUCGCCAGGAGAAACUCCGGCUUGUUUAAUGGGUAAGGUGAGCCAGCUGGAGUCCAUGGUGAAGACACUACAGGAGGACCUGAAGAAGGAGAAGGAUGCCAAAGCGUCGUUACAGGCGCAGGUUGAAAGCCUGCGAGAAGACAACCAGCGCCUSUUGGAGGAGUCCUACAGCGCCUCGGCCAAGCUCAAGAAGUUCACAGAGUGGGUCUUCAACACCAUCGACAUGAACUGAUGCACACAAAGGUCUCCUGCUCUCCACUGGGAAUUGAACCACUGCUCAAGCUGAUUUCAAACGUUCAACGCUAUUAAUAGAACUCAUUAACUUAGAAAAUCGUCCYUCUUUGGCUCCUGCACAUCAGAACUUGGGCUGUUUUACAUUCCAGCCUUGUUGAGCUUUGAGGCUCUGUAAGAUAACYACCACACAAGAAUGAUUUUAUACAAAAGAGGAAAGAAGCAGUCGGGUAACCGUGUGUCAGGAUUUAUGCGCAUGCACUCCUUUCUUUAGGAGUACAUAAAUUACGUAAUCCUUUGUUUCUAAUCUUAAUUAACCGUUGGUAGCUGUGCAUGGCAAAGAGCAAGAUGCAGAAAUGUAAAGGGAAUUAAAGUUGCUGUUCUUAUGUAGGUUUUUAGCUAACCUUAUAAAGAGUGAACAGGUUUAAAGUUAUUAAGCUCAAAUCAAAGACAAACGCUUGAUCCCUGCAAGAGAUGAUCAUAAAAAGUCCCAUGUAGCUCCGUUCAUACUUAAAUAAAUGUGUUGUAAAUUUGUUCAUAUUUAGAUAUUCUUUAUUUUACUCAACUCCCAAUUAUUUUUGUAUCACUCACCCAAAAAAAAGAAAGGCACAUGUCAUUUUUUUUCUAGCAGGGAGACACAGAGUCUUUGCACAGCACAAACUGAGCUCACUAUAAGGAGACGCGCCUGUCAGGAUGGAAAUGAUACACAGGUUUAUCUAAAGAUGCUGAAACUCGUAAAGGACUACUGGUCACAAGAAAUGAAUAUGUAUUGUGCCAUAAAAACACACACACAUUCAAUCCAGAUUAUUGUAAAUAUGCGAUGCUAAAGUGUAUUUUUCUCCCUUCUGUGAUAUGAUAAUAUAAAGAGUAUUUAUGACAAAAAUAAUGGCCAAAAAAAGGAGCCAUAUGCAGUAAGAUGUUUGUGCCUAUAAUGGGCAGUUUCUUAAGAGAAAAUGGACAUCAUUUGAUGGCUAACAACUAACCCAAAUUAAUAUUUUUGUUUAUUUUCUACAUUUUUUUAUGUUUAAGACUUUGCCUUGCCUGCUGCCAUGGAUUAAUUGAUAGUGACACUGAGUGUUGAUCAUUUUUCCCAUCCACAGCAUGUAAAGUAGCUUCAGUCGGAUCCUUUUUUAUUUUUCCUCUGAGUCACUUAAACCGGUACUGUUCAGUAUAUAAAUAUAUAGAAACUACUGUGUAAAUCCCCAAAUUCCAGCUGCAGGUUUCUGUACUGUACAAAUCUGCUCGAAAGCCCAACAUAAAUCUGGUCCGCGUAAGACCGAACCAAGUCCUCACUUAAGCCUCGUGCUGUAACUGCUUCCUUUUGUACUCAGACACUGUGCAACUGUAUAUAAGGAGAAUUUAAUAUUCAUCAGAAUUUGCACCUUCUGUCUUAUUUUUUACAUUUUAUUUUUUGAUGCAAUUCUGCUUUUACCGGGUAGCAAAGCGCAAAAGAACUUUUAUGCAAGAGUGGGGUUGUGGGGRGGGAUAGGCGGAAGUAAAACCAUGAGCUGGACUCAAAGAAGAGUCUCAGGUCCCCGUCCCAGCAGAUCACCCCUUUGCCUUCAUUCUUAACAUGUGUGACAGCGUGUGAUUCUGUUUUCCAUUGAGCUGUGAUGUGUACAAAUGUUUUUAUCUAUUAAAGAUAUUUUGUUGAAUUACA